AUGAGUCGAACGGGUAGAGUUUGGACGAUCGUCAGCACAGUUGCUCAAUGGUCGAGUUGUGCGCUAGGUAGUUCCAUCGGCCUAUCAAGCUCGCCGCCGACAGAAGCUUGUGAUCCUAUUCCGGAAGCGUUUGUCAGUUACUCGAUUGAAUUUUCGUCUUUCCCGGACUUUGCAGGAAAUAUCUCGAGCCCAAACACGUUCUCAAAUAAUUUGCUGAACAAUCUGGGAAACCUUACUGGAACCAAGCCAUUCAUCCGCGUGGGAGGGAAUACUCAAGAUUACGCUAUAUACAAUGCAAGUCUCGAGUUCGCGCUGAAUGGCACGGUCAACCCCAAUAGAUCACCUGAUUACCCAACCACUAUCUUUAUCGGUUCGUCGUAUUUCGAGUCCUAUAGCACCUGGCCAGAUACAAAGUACAUUCAUGGAUUUAAUAUGGGUCUUGGCGGAAACAAUUCUGUUGGGUUGCAGACUCUGAAGGACACUGUGCCCCUUGCAUGCAAAGCCCUUGGAGGAGGAAAAUUGCUCUGGUGGGAGUAUGGAAACGAACCGGAUCUCUUUUCGACAUCAGCUCAAGGGCCCGUACGGCCACCUUCAUGGGAUGAGCAGAUCUAUGUCAGCCAAUGGCUCAAUGGAACUAAGGAAAUCAGACGACAGCUUGAGAAUGCAUGUCCAGAGCUCACGACUAAAGAAAGCUACGGGUAUCUUGCUCCAUCUUUCGCCGGCAUUAAUAACCAUCUCAGACCCAUCAAAACAUGGCAAGCUGGAAUUAAUUGGAAUGACGAUAUCAAAUUAAUCUCCUCCCAUAAUUAUAUUGGCGGGGCGACCCAGCCUGGAGUCACACUUCAGGGAACCCUAAUGAACCACACCAAGACCAUCCAGUCAGUCAAUGACCAAGCCCAGCUUGCGAAGAACCUCACCUAUACUGGCAUUCCUUUCAUCCUCGGGGAAACCAACAGUCUGUACAACCAAGGCGCCCCUGGCCUCUCAAAUGCCUUUGGUGCCGCGCUUUGGGGCUUCGAUUUCAACCUCUACUGUGCUUCCGUCGGCAUCCGUCGCGUGCACAUGCACAUGGGCACGAACUACCGCUACCAAGCUUGGCAGCCCAUCCAGACCGAUCUUGCCACUCUCGGGACAAAACCUCCUUAUUACGGCCAUGUAGCUGUGGCAGCGAUGAUGGGUAAUCUAGCUGGGGGGCAAGAGACGAGAAUUUUACAUAUUCCCAUGGAAAACGAAAGGGAGUCUGCAUAUGCUACAUAUGUUGACGACAAACUUGCUAGAGUCGCAAUUAUCAAUAUGAGGCAGUAUAAUUAUACCGUCAAUGGGACCAGCCUGGUGCUGAAUCCUAUCCCUAGACCGAAUAGGGAAUAUACGUUCCAGGCACCGAAGGAAUGUAGCGGAACUGUGAGCAUUCAAAGAUUAUACGCCAAUGGCAGUGAUGCCAUCUCUGGUAUUUCAUGGGAUGGCUGGAGUUAUAAUUGGGAAUUGGAGGGCGGGAAACCCGUUAAGCUGAACAAUGUUACCGUGGGAGAGACCGCGAAGGUUGAGAGUGGCCUGAUUAGGGUUAAUGUUUUAGAUUCUUCGGCUGUGAUUUUGAAUUUCAACAGGGAAAUGAAGUUUCUGGAAUUCGCCACUACUUCAGGUUUCCCUUAA